CUUGUUGCAAGGAUGAACUCCCCUUCUGCAUACGGAAUGCAUGGGUUGCUGUCUCCACAGUCGCAGCCACUUCACCUUGGCCAUGCCCAGAAUAAUCUGGGCACUUCCCUGAACGAUUUGGAUGUCAAUAAUGGUAACCUGAUCAGGGGUGCACACAUGUCAACCAUGGUGACUGGUACUUCUGGUAACUCUUUUGCAAACAUUUCAAAUGGUGCACCAUUGGCUCCUACAAAUAGGGCAGUUCAGUCUCUUGAAUCAAACAACAGGCAACACCUUGGUCGGAUAAAUUCGUCUUCGACAGGCUCAUUUAGCUCAUUCGCUAGUGAUUCUCCCCACUUUCCAGAUCUUGGAAGAAUUAGUAACACCUGGCAAACUGCAGUGCCGUCCAACAUUCAGCAACUUGGUCAGAACGGCAGCAUGUCCCAAGCAAGCUUGCAUGGGAAUGGCCCUAGGAUGGAACCUGUCUCAAGCUAUGCACCACCAUCAAAUCAGAUUACAUCUCUGGGAAAUGAUAUGCAGAACCAAGUAGCACCACUAGCUAGCAAUACCCUUCCAAUGGUAUUCAAUCAGGGUGCAGCGCCAUUCACCUUUGGAAACAGCACAAACUUGAGAGAGACGCUCAAUAGCAACCUUGCGUUUAGCAAUUCAGGCAUCAACACUUCAUUGCCAAACCUUCGCAUUGACAAUUCGGUUGUGCCAAGGCAGACUCUGGAUGGCGGGAAUACAGGCGGUGUUCCUCUCUGCAGGAUGGCAAGAUUGAUCAGCAAGCUGUUGGUAAUCAGCUCAAUUACAACAACAAUGAUCUCGUGGGGACAAGUGGGCUGCAAAGGGAGCUCAGUGGUGGUCUGGAUGACAUUGUUGUUGACAUGUUCAAGCCGGUAUGAUCCACUUUUGUAUUUCAUUUUCAGCAGAAUAUAUCUUAAUGCCAAACUUUCAUGUAUUUUGCUACUAUUUUGCAUCUACAUAGUAAGUUUUGUCAUUUUCAGCAGAAUAUAUCUUAAUGCCAAAUUCAAAAUUGAAGCGAAAGCCAUAUCUAGCAAAGCUCCAACAACAAGUAUCACCCAUACAGAGAUGGUAUUCAGGGCACACACUGACCGUAGGACAUAACCCCUAGGAUCGGAAAGCCAUAGGAAGAAUUAAUACAUGUUUUAUUUUCUGUAUUUCUCCAUGUUCAUUUCUGACUUCUCUCCGAUUUCAACCUUCUAGAUGGCUGCCGAGUUCAACCCAGUCCUGCUGCCGGAGUUUUGCCAGCCGGAAGAGACGAUGCCUUUCGGCAAGCAGCUGAUUCAGAUCAUCAAGGAGUUGAAGAUUGCUCUGCCCUCUAUCACCAGGACUCCUACCAACGCACUUCCGGCAGACACUCGCUAUAGGAUUGUGGUGCACAAUCCAGGGAGGACUUUCGGAAGCUUCUCAGAGCCCAUUGACUUCCAAUUUACCUCGCCUACUUGGAUCCUCGGGAGGGACAUGGC